CUGCCAGCUUGCUGGAUAACUGGCUCUGCUGUUAUGGAGAGAAUGUAAAAAAAAAAAAUCUCACCAGUUCUGAAGUAAUUUCCUUCCCUCUAAACCCCAGUCAGAUUGUACUUCUCUCACAGUACAGUGACACCGGCCAUAGUAUUACAGCACACUGGAGACUACAGCCUGCUGACUCCGAUCUGCUCGAUGGACUGUGUCCGUAGUGGCAACAUGUACAUCGCUCCUCUUGUAUUGCUGUUGCUGAUGGUGUUGAAUGGAAGCGUGACAGCUGCUGAGCCUGCAAGUCCCUUCCAUACAGACAGAGGAGAUUGGUGUACUGAACACCGCAAGUUCCACAGCCGCCUGGAUGUAGUACAGGAGCGAGUAGAAAAAACGGUGGAGUAUCUGUACUCUGAAGUGAACUCUGUUCUGGAUGCAAUUUCUGGAUCUUCCUGGGCCCUCUCAGUCGCGCCUAGUGGUCCUCUCUUGGAUAUAUUUGAGGAAGACUCUAGAUGAAAAUUAUCCCAACCUACUACCCUUGAGAAGCCAACAUUUUAUCAAUACAGCUUUUCUCUAAUGUGCACUUUGUGAUACAUAAAAGUAUAUUUUAAUAAACCAAGAGCCUGUGUUCUGGUGUUUUGCAAGAAAUUAUGUUUACUGAUUUUUAUUUUUUAUAUAAUUUACAUCACUUUAUAUAGUAGAACGAUUUACAAUUAACAAUGAACAUAAAUAGAAAGAAGUUCCCAAGAAGUUUUUUGUUUUAUAAAAAAAUUAAAAUGUG